AAUUAUUUUCGUACUCACUCAUGGUUGGAUCCUCUCAGAGGUUUUGAUCUUUUUCAGCCCCAUAAAGUUUAGAAUGAAUGUUAAGUGUCCGCAUAUUGAUUACGUUGACAUUAAGCUACUUAAUAUUCAUACGAUGGACUCGUCUUUAUAAUUUGAAGAGGACACAUAAGAGGAUAUAAGCUCAUGAAAAAUGCACAGCUGAGUAAGUGACUUUUAUAGGCUGCUGUUAUCAUUGGUCAAACAACACUGACAAAAAGUGGGAGGUUCCCGGAAAAAAUGCUAACCGGAAGGGAAGGCCAUAGCCCAAGAAGAAGAAGAAGACAGCCACUGCCGAUGAGACCAGCGAAAGAGGAAAAAGUCAUCUCCCUCUGGUGAGGCCUCUUCUUCCCCCGCCACAUCUACCUGCCCGACCCAAACUUACUCCAGCCUAACGCAGCUUUAAUCCGCCUUCUGCACGGAGCCCAAGACUCUCGCCUCAGAAACACUUCCACUUCGUUUCACCGUUUUCGGGACAGCAAUAUGGCAGGGCGCGGCGGACCGGCACGGACCAACGGCACUGCGGCGAGCAACAAGAUCUGUCAGUUUAAGCUGGUGCUGUUGGGAGAAUCGGCCGUGGGAAAGUCCAGCCUGGUGCUGCGCUUUGUCAAAGGCCAGUUCCACGAGUUCCAAGAGAGCACUAUUGGAGCUGCCUUCCUCACACAGACAUUAUGUUUGGAUGAUACAACAGUCAAGUUUGAGAUCUGGGACACCGCAGGACAGGAGCGCUAUCACAGUUUGGCACCCAUGUACUACAGAGGAGCCCAGGCUGCCAUCGUGGUCUUUGACAUCACCAACACAGACACAUUCACACGUGCAAAGAACUGGGUGAAGGAGCUCCAGCGACAAGCUAGCCCCAAUAUUGUCAUUGCAUUGGCAGGAAACAAAGCAGAUCUGUCCAACAAGAGAGCUGUAGACUUCCAGGAAGCUCAAGCAUAUGCAGAUGACAACAGUUUGCUCUUCAUGGAAACUUCAGCCAAGACUGCAAUGCACGUCAAUGAGAUUUUUAUGGCUAUCGCCAAGAAGCUUCCGAAGAACUCGCCUCAGGGCGCAGCGGGCGCUGGCGGACGAUCCGGAGGCGGCGUUGACCUGCAGGAAGCUGCGCCACAGGGCAGGAGUGGCCAAUGUUGUGGCGGAGGGAACUAGCUCAUCCAUCAGCAGACACAUCUAAUUCUACAGCUUCGAUCAACCCGAGAAGAUAUUAGCCAGCCGUCAAAAGCAUCCCAUUGGUCAAACCAAACCACGGUCAGACCAACUACCCUAUCGGCACCAAUUAACUGUAUGGAAAGUGAGUCCACUGGCCAGUAAACUGCCAGACCCCACUGAUGGUUCCAGCUGAUGAGCCAAUCAACAGACUCAUCAGCUGCCACGAACUCUCUUUUGAUGAUUGACACUUGACAUCAACUUUGAGGGGAAAACACCCACCCCAUCCGUGGAAGGAAAAAAAAAAGAUCAGUCAUUACCAAUGGCACGUAAUGGAGCCAUUUUGUUCACUUUACUGUGUUUGUGUAGAGGAAAAUAAACGAAUAGAGGAGUAUAAACAGGCUCGUUGGCUCUGUCCAUUCUCUGCCACCCCUCGCAUUCCCAGUGCACGGUCAAAGUUUCCAUCAUGGUCUUUUGACACUGUUAAAUUGAGGCACAUGCAGCAUCCUUCACUUUGUCUUGUUCCAAGUAGACUCCCUGGAUAAGACGAAAAGGUUUCCAUCAGAAGAGCAGGAAUGAACAUCUUUGUCUAUGUAGAGCUGUGUAGAUCGAUGAUUUCAUUAAUAUUAUACAUUUUUGACACGGACUGGUCAGUAUGAUUUUAAAGCCUAGACUUGAAAGGUUUUACAAUCACCCAUAUGAUAUCAACCAUAUACAGUAAAUAAUACUUUACUAACAUUGUCGCUCAUGUAAUUUUAGCAUUAAUGUCAUGUUUUUGAAUCAACAUAAAAUGGCAAAUGCAUAAAGCAAGAUUUAUUUUAUUGACCAAAAUCACAACUGUGUUGAAAACAUAUCGAUGAGUUUGUAACAGACUUUUCAAGUUUCUAAUCGCUGUAGUUAUUGUCAAAACAAUAUGUUCCCGAUCUGUACAUGUUUUGGCAACCUUAAUUAUGUCAUGAUGUUUAUUUUCUUUUUUGUCUUUUCUUUUUCCCUUUGUCCUCUGGAGAUUUAUGGUAUUAAAUGCACUGGUUCUGUCUCAUCAUCUUUGUGAAUGGAGAUGUUAUCCCCGGCCUCAUUUCCUCCUUUUCAGUCUAAUUUUUUUUUUUCCGUUCAGGGAGUUACUGGCUUUGAGCAGUCCUGUUAUGGCAUCAACAAUCAGCACAACAGAACCUGCUGUUAGGGUGGAGGAGUAGGGAGGGCAUGGUCGUGGGUUAAGCAGAAAGGAUGAAAAUGUAAUUUUCUAAAUAAAUAAGGGAAAUUUAUCUCUAUUUCUUUCGUAUGAUUGUAUUAAUCAUUCCAUCAUAUCUAAAUGGAUCAUUCCUUUUCUCAAGACAAUUUAUUCCUCAGUUAAUGUCGCUGAUUGACACCCUUCAAAAUCCA